AUGUUGACCGACUGGAUCAAGUAUGUGGGGCUCCCACAGGAAUACUGGUCGUUCUCCAAGUACACAUGGGCACUAGUUUUCCUCUGGCUAUCCACGCCCACCCUCUAUGUUAUCUAUAGUCGAUAUCAAUACAUUUGCCGUGUAUUUGAACGUCGGAGCAACAUCAUAGUGUCUGAGCAGCAGAACGAGGUGGUCAUUGUAGUUCUAGGAGAUUUAGGACACUCUCCAAGGAUGUCAUACCAUGCCAGAAGCUUUGAGAAACUGGGUUACCAGGUCAACCUCUGUGGGUAUUUGGAGAGUAAUUUACCGGAUUACCUCAAAACUCCAGACAUUUCCGUGUACGAUGUUCCUGUUAUUAAGAAUAAGAGAAAUUUACCAUACAUUCUCUUUGCCUUUAUGAAAGUUUCCUCUCAAUUCUUUGACCUUACGUGGCUCUUGAAAGACGUUAUCGAUGAUGGCACCAGGUAUGUCCUUGUUCAGAAUCCACCCUCUCUACCGGUUCUUUUAAUUAUCGGAUUGAUAAAGAAGUUUUGGGCGCCGCACAUUCAAAUCAUUGUAGAUUGGCACAAUCUAAACUGGAGUAUUUUAAACUUAAAAUACAAAAAUGAAAACAAUAAAAUGGUGAGAUUUAUGAAAAUGUAUGAAAAAUAUUGUGCUAGAAAAGUGGCGGAUUUUAAUAUAACAGUCUCUCAAACACUCAAGGAGUAUCUCAUUGAGACAUUCCAGCUGAAAAAAGAUAAAGUCCUAACUUUGUAUGAUCGUCCAAGCAAUAUCUUCAGUCCCUUGGAUUCACGUGAGCAAUUGAAAGAUAUAGUUACAAAUAACAAACUAGUGUUUGGUGAUAUAAACUACAACCAAAACAAUGAUCGCAUUUUAAUAACUUCAACUUCGUUUACGCAGGAUGAAGAUUUCACAAUUUUGGUGGAGGCGUUGAAUAUCUUGGAUGUCCAACUGAAGAACUCGUCGUCGCCCAAAAGGAUUAUUAUGAUUGUUACGGGAAAAGGCCCUAUGCAGGAAGAUUUCCACAGAAUGCUUGAUUCAUACCCUUGGAAGAAAGUAAUUAUCAAGAACUUGUGGUUGCCUAUUGCAGAUUAUCCAAAGAUUCUGAAAAUUGCAGACCUUGGAAUUUCUCUGCAUUAUUCGUCAUCAGGCCUUGAUUUGCCAAUGAAAAUAGUUGAUUUGUUUGGAUCGGGGGUUCCUGUAAUUACGAUGAAUUUCACCGGGAUCUCGGAGCUUGUUAAGGAUGGCAUUAAUGGAUUAAUAAUGAAAAAUAACACAGACGCAUCUGAAAUGGCAGAUAAAAUUUCGAGUCUACUUUUUAGAGACGUUAAAAGGUACGUGACUCUAAAGGAAGGAGCUCUACUAGAGAGUCAAAGACACUGGAAUGAUGAAUGGGAUGAGAAAUUAAAACCACUGGUAUGUAUCAACAAUCAUGCACACCUCUAA